UCACAAAGCAGUUUGGGAUUUUUCUCCUGGUACCGUAUUUUAUCACCAUUGUUGAGAGAAGAUGCUCAGAGGGAGGGGAAGCGAUUUAUGCAAAUUCACAUAAAUGGUCAACAUCCAAAUCUCCCACGAGCUGGGCUGCAAAACCAGCCCUUCUCUCACUUCUGGCUAGUGUUAUAAAUCAUUAUUGUUUGGCUCUCACCCCCAUUUUUCCACCUCUACUUGUUGUACCUUACCGGAGAUUCCUGGUAGCGUUACCAGAAGAGAUGCGUGCUGCUCUCUGUUUGUUUCAGACAGAAGCACUGUGGGGAAGAACACGGGAGGAACUAGCGAACUUGCUGAUCACACAGCCUAUCAGCGGCUGGGAAGGGAUGCACAUCCACUCUCUUGGGGAAAUUAUUUGGUCUUCCCUCGUUUUUCUGAGAAGUUAUUGCAUGGAGGAGAUGCGUGAAUGCUACGUUGUGCUGUUCUCCUUCCACUUGCUGAUUCUUUCAGUGGAUCGUACAAAGAAGGCAUUAGUUUAUGAGGGUCUCCUUCCUCUUGCUGGAAUGCGCCUGAGAGAGAUUGUGAGUGCCAUCAGCCACACAUUUGAAAUCUCCGGGUCCAUGAUAGAACCCAGGCUCGUUUGCUGCCAGAACUCAGCCGACUUCGACACGUGGGUUCAACGCCUCCGGCACCAAAUCCAGAUGGCAAACGCUCACUGCCCAGUCAGUCCCAGCAAUAAUAUCUCUUUUCUGGUGCCGUGUGAUGAAGAAUGGAAGAAAAGGGAGCUGAUGAGACAUCUCUUGUGUAACACCGUCCUGGAGUGGGAGGGAAAACCUAUUCAGCACCUGGGAAGGAUACAGUAUUUGACCACGGUGCAAGCGGCUAGAGGCUGCAUGGGGGUAAGGUACAGCACACACCACUCUGGCACGCGGGUGGCGUUAAGAUGA